GUGCAGGGGGAGGCGGUGGCGGUAUUGCAUCCUGAGCACAGGAGUCAGCUGAGUCUAGCAGUGUACAAGAAGAAGAGAGGAUCCUGCAGAGCAGCAGAGCCUUAGGAAUCCAUAGACAGAACCGCUGAGCGUACAGGAUACAAACCAGCCUCUCCUCCCCAUCACUGCACUGCCAGACAAACUCUACACUCUCGCUUUUCUUUAAGGAUUUCUUGGCCAAAUGGAUCUUUUUUCUGCCUAAGUGGAUCUGAGUACGAGAAGGUAAAAAAGUGCCUAGAAGUAGAGGAGAAGUAGCCGAUCGCUAUCUGGGGAUAUUGGUCACCCAGGCCCAUUGGAUACAGGACACCUUUCAGGUUUUCUUCAGAUAUUUUGAAACUUAAAUCAAUGAGCAGAUGGCUUUAUCUGGAUGUCCAGAUGCCUUUUUACACCCUUAUUACCAGGCUAAUGUGGAACAGACCACAACUUGUUCACAGAGAGGCUUGAUGGAAACUGGUUACACAGCGAAACAUGUGUCCUUAAAUCCAGAUGAUGAUGUUGACCUAGAGGCUCUUGUGAAUGAUAUGAAUUCUUCUCUGGACAGUUUGUACUCUACAUGCAGCAGGGUAUCGGAAUCUGUGCCACUUCUUAAAAAUGGACAGCUUAAUCAAAGCCAGCUAUCAAACUCAGGAACCAACAAUCUUCCGUCCACACAACAGCGACAGAAGAUGCAACGCUCCCAACCAAUGCAAAUACAAGCAGUCAGACGCCUACAGGAAGAACAACCGCGUACAUCAUCUUUGCCAGCAAUUCCAAAUCCAUUUCCAGAGCUUUGCACUCCUGCAGGUUCUCCAGUACUUGCACCAGGAUCAUUACCUCAAAACCAGCCUGCCAGCAAAAGAAGUGUUGUUAAAGUCUUUAGUGAAGAUGGGACAAGCAAAAUGGUGGAGAUUCUAGCAGACAUGACAGCCAGGGACUUCUGCCAGCUCCUGAUUUACAAAAGUCAUUGUGUGGAUGAUAACAGCUGGACGCUGGUGGAGCACCACCCUCACCUAGGAUUAGAGAGAUGCCUUGAAGACCAUGAACUUGUAGUACAUGUCCAGUCCAUGAUGUCAAGUGAAAGCAAAUUUCUGUUCAGGAAGAAUUAUGCAAAAUAUGAAUUUUUCAAGAAUCCUGUGAAUUUCUUUCCAGAGCAGAUGGUUGCUUGGUGUCAACAAUCAAAUGGUAGCAUUCCCCAAUCUGAUUUAUUGCAGAAUUUUUUGAAUGCCAACAGUUGUCCAGAAAUACAAGGCUUCUUGUAUGUUAAAGAUGUAGGAAAGAAGUCAUGGAAAAAACUGUUCAUCUGUCUGAGAAGAUCUGGACUUUAUUGCUCUACUAAAGGAACCUCAAAGGAACCAAGACAUUUACAGGGAAUUUCAGACUUGGAAGAUAGCAAUAUUUAUUCACUGAUAUCCUGCAAGAAGCUGUAUAACUCGCCAACAGAUUUUGGAUUCGGUGUCAAGCCCAACAGAGUCCGAACUGACAUUAAAGACCUGCGAUUUCUGUGUGCAGAAGACGAACAAAGUAGGACCUGUUGGAUGACUGCAUUCAGACUUUUGAAGUAUGGUGUGCUGCUCUAUCAGAACUACAGAAUUCCUCAACAGAAAAGUCUGCAAACAAACUUCACAGCACCUAGAAGUGUGUCAGAAAAUUGCUUGGUUGCCAUGGAUUUCUCUGGGCAGACAGGGAGGGUUAUUGAAAAUCCUUUAGAAGCACAAAGUGCUGCAGUCGAAGAAGGUCACGCAUGGAGGAAACGCAGUUCGCGGAUGAAUGUUUUAGGAAGCCAAAGCCCACUUCAUCCUUCUACACUUAGCACAGUUAUUCAUAGGACACAGCCUUGGUUCCAUGGUAGAAUAUCUCGAGAAGAGUCACAAACAAUCAUUAAACAACAGGGGCUUGUGGAUGGCCUCUUUCUCAUACGAGAUAGUCAGAGUAAUCCAAAGGCGUUUGCGCUUACACUGUGUCAUCACCAGAAAAUAAAGCAUUUCCAGAUUUUACCUUGUGAAGAUGACGGCCAGUUGUUCUUUAGCCUGGAUGAUGGCAAUACCAAAUUCACAGAUUUAAUUCAGCUUGUUGAGUUUUAUCAGCUAAACAAAGGAGUCCUGCCUUGCAAGCUCAAGCACCACUGCAUCAUAGUAGCCUUAUGACCUUCAAGAAAAGACUGUUUGGAAACAGUAAAGCUUGGAUGGCCCUGUGCUUUGAGGGGGUUAUAGAUUUGUGUUUUAAACAUGCACCUUCUGACUCUGGAUUAUCAACUGGUGCAAGUUUAUUACAACAGGCUGGUUUUUGCAGAUCAGCCAUGCACCGCCAUGCUCUAGACUGGGAAUUUUUUAAAAUGCAAAAUAGCUGAUAAUAUCCUAAGGCUGGUUUGCUCAUCAGAAUGAACACCCUGAACAAUGUUUUUGACUAGCUACAAAAGGAAGAUAGUUUAGCAAGAAAAGGGUGGGAAUAAAGACUAUUGCUCUGGAAUAAUCUUGACCAUUAAGACUGGUGCGUUUACUUUUUUUUUUUUUAUUGAAAUACAUUUUUUGCACUCCAUUUUUUAUUUUAUUUUUUGGUUUUGUUUUUUGUUUGAUUUAUGAUUUGCAGCCUUUUAAAAGGAGCGAGUGUGGCAUUUAAAUCACCCAGCAGUUGGUAAACUAUCAUAUAUGCUACAACCUAAAAUGAUUUAUGGUGAAGAUACAAUCAAGAACUUUGACAAGCUUGUGCUCCUUUUUCACCUGCAUGCCUCUUAAAAAGCUUAUUCUGAAACGGAAGCAAGCAAAUUCCCUUUAUUUUUUUCACUUUGGCCCUUUUUUUUUUAUAUAUUCACCAAAAACAAAAUGGCUGUUAAACGUCCUGUCCUAAUAAGCUUGAGUCUGUAAGUGAUAACUAUGCAUAAAUGUCUGAACUAGUUUGUCUAGUCAUCUAUAUUGUUUAUCAGGAAGUCAACGUUAUCGUACAGUAGAGGACACGAUGGCCAAGGUCAUUCAGAAUAUGCCAGGUAUUGUGAUAAGGUCUACCUAGAAUGUUUUUUUUUUUUUUUUUUUUUCCAUGUUCUUAUUGUAUUUCUGCAGUGUUUCAGACGCCCCUAAAUCUACCACUGUUAAAGGGGGAUGACAAUGCUCGUUUGGGAUUUCAUUGUAACAUAUGACAGGUUUUUAUAGAAUCUCGAGCUCAAUUCUGACAUUAAAUCCUGUUAACAGAAGAGCAACAGAUAAUUACAAUUCAAGGCUAUGUUAUUUACUUGAGAAUCACUCAUGACGGUAAAAUUUUUCUUGAAACAUAUCAGUUAUACUAUACAACAAUGGUAUAGAAACACUGUAUUUUAGAUUAUGGAGCACAUUGUCUUUGCUUUAUUCCAUGUAUUUGCCUCAUAUAAAAUGAAGAAACUUGAUUUAUGUAUGUUUUUUUUUUUCUUUUCUAAUGUACAGUAUUUUUUAUUUGAAAGGAAUGCCAUGUUGCACACUGGCAGAACUUUCUUAUGAAUUUUUGAUCAUCGCAUUGACAACCAUGCACUUGGCUGAUUAAAAUGAAAAAGCCUGCAAUUCUUUGUGUGCCAUUUCAUGUUGACUUGGAACAAUUACAGCUUUUAUUACAUUAGACCUCUUGGUUUCAGUUAUCAAGCAAUGCCUCAUGAAGUCUGAUACAAGAAUUAAAUAGAAUAAAUCAUGUGACUAGGGUAUUUUUUA